UCCAAGAAUCUGAUCAAAACAUAACAAUGCUACCAAGAAACUUUCUUGUUUUCUUGCUUCUUAUCUUCACCUUCCAUUUACCACCUUUAAUAUCAGCUGAAAAUACCACCUUUGAUUUCCCAUUCUUCACUGUCAGGAACCUCACUCUUCUUGGUGAUUCCUAUUUUAAAAAUGGCGUCAUAGGCCUUACCAGGGAGAUUGGUGUUCCGUCUUCAAGCUCAGGUAGCAUAAUCUACAACAACCCCAUUCAUUUCUUUGACCAAGAAUCCAAUAUUACAGCUUCUUUUUCUACAAGUUUCUCUUUUUCAGUAAAAAAUGUCAAUCCGAGCUCUUUUGGUGAUGGGUUAACAUUUUUUCUUUCACCUGAUAAUCAAACUCUUGGGAGUCCUGGGGGGUAUCUUGGUCUUGUUAACUCUUCAGAGUUGACCAAAAACCGGUUUUUAGCGAUUGAGUUUGAUACCAAGCUUGAUGCUCAAUUCAAUGAUCCAAAUGAAAACCAUGUUGGUUUGGAUAUUAACGCGCUCACUUCAAUCAAGACAGCUGAUGCAUUGUUGCAAGAUAUUGAUUUAAAGAGUGGGAAUUUGAUCACUGCUUGGAUUGAUUACAAGAAUGAUUUGAGGGUCUUGAAUGUCUUCUUGAGCUAUUCAAGUUUAAAGCCUCCAACGCCAUUAUUAUCUGUGGCUUUUGACUUGUCUGGCUAUCUUAAAGAGGAUAUGUUUGUUGGGUUUUCAGCUUCAACAGAAGGGAGUACUGAAGUUCAUUUGAUCGAGAAUUGGAGUUUCAAGACCUUUGGUUUCCUUCCUGUGAGACCAAAGUCACAUCCUCAUAAUGUAUCUGAUAGUUCAGUUACAAUAAUAUCAGAUGUUCCUGUAUCAAAUUCUACCAAUAAACACCACAAGGGACUUGGUUUAGGACUUGGGAUUGCCGGUCCGGCUUUCUUUUUUGUGGUUCUGGCAGUUUUUGGGUAUGUUUCUGUGAAGAAAUGGAAGUAUAUGAGAAUAGAAAAUGGUCUCAAAGCAGAGAUUUUGACAGGGCCCAGGGAGUUUAGUUACAAAGAACUGUAUGCAGCCACAAGAGGGUUUCACUCAAGUAGAAUCAUAGGACGUGGUGCAUUUGGAAAUGUUUACAAAGCCAUUUUCGUUUCUUCGGGGGCUGUUGCUGCAGUGAAAAGAUCAAAACACUCCCGCGAAGGUAAAAUUGAAUUUCUCGCGGAGUUGUCCAUUGUAGCUUGUUUGAGACACAAGAAUCUGGUUCAGCUACAAGGUUGGUGUGCUGAGAAGGAUGAAUUGCUACUUGUUUAUGACUUUAUGCCUAACGGAAGCCUUGAUAAGGUGCUUCAUCCAGAACCUGAGACAGGCAUAUUGCUGACAUGGUCCCAUAGGCAAAAUAUUGCUAUUGGAUUGGCCUCUGUAUUAGCAUACCUGCACCAAGAAUGUGAACAGCAAGUCAUUCACAGAGACAUAAAGACUAGUAAUAUAAUGCUUGAUGGGAGCUUUAAUCCAAGACUUGGUGAUUUUGGAUUGGCAAGGCUGAUGGAUCACGAUAAGAGUCCAGUUUCAACACUUACAGCAGGAACUAUGGGCUACCUUGCUCCAGAGUAUCUUCAGUAUGGAAAAGCAACAGUGAAAACCGACGUUUUCAGCUAUGGUGUGGUUAUUCUUGAAGUGGCUUGCGGUAGGAGGCCAAUUGAGAGGGAACUAAGCAGCCAGAAAAUGGUGAAUUUGGUUGACUGGGUGUGGGGAUUGCAUGGUCAGGGAAGGAUCACCGAAGCUGCUGAUAAAAGGUUGAAUGGGGAUUUCAAGGAGGAAGAAAUGAGGAAGCUGUUGCUUGUAGGUUUGAGAUGUGCACACCCCGAUAGUGCUGAGAGGCCUUCAAUUAGAAGAGUCGUUCAGAUACUUAACAACGAGGCGGAUCCAAUAGCUGUGCCAAAGAUGAAACCAAGUCUCACUUUCUCUUGUAGCUUAACUGUUGAGGACAUUGUUUCAGACGAUGAAGAACGCAAAACAACUGCUUGAUGAGGGUGGGAUUCAAAGCUGACUAGAGUUAGAUUUCAUUUUUUCUAACGCGAAAUUCAUUGAUUGUUUGAUUCUUUCAAUGUUUUUUAGACCAUCAUUAUAGUGUUACUUCGUUUUCGUUUGCUAAUUGGAGACUAGGGGUUCAUUAGUCUAAGUUCAAAAUACUGUAUUGAACUAUGUGGUCUCUGCUGUAAUCUGAAGAUAUAUUCCUUUCAAAGUUUUGAGAUAUUCUUGAUAUGAUCUACCAUUUCUCACUCAUUUGGUUAGUUUCAUUCCAAGUUCCCUCUUUGUACUGGCAAUGCAACAUUUCCGGUUGAGUUCGAUUUAGAUUCUUGCUCCUAAUGUACACAAAAUCAACAAAGAAAUGAAGUAUAUAGAACUUGAACUCCAUUCACAGUUACACUGCAAAUCUUUGGUCUUAAGUAGUUCAUGAGGCCUUCUUGGGCAUGUUUUACUUUUCUGAGUUUUGCAACCAAAUCUUUGCUUCUGUUUUGCUCCAAACCAAGAGUGUAA